AUGGCUUCACAACAGAUAACUGACAGUGAAGCCAAGGGGGCGGCCAACGUGUCCUCCCACAUCGAGGACGGCCGGCAAGAGAGAUUGCCGACGAAGGUCGCCCUGACCAGCGACGCCAAGGACGCAACCGACAAGGAGCACCGCAUGACCCUAUGGCAGGCCAUCAGACUCUACCCCAAAGCCAUCGGCUGGUCGAUCCUCCUGUCGACCGCCAUCGUCAUGGAAGGCUACGACGUCGUGCUGAUGCAGAGCUUCUAUGCUUUCCCGACGUUCACGCAGCGUUACGGCCAGCGCCAGCCCGACGGGACCUACCAGAUCCCUGCGCAGUGGCAGUCGGGCCUGUCCAACGGCGCCAAUGUGGGCGAAAUCAUCGGGCUUUUCCUGAAUGGCAUCGUCUCGGAGCGCUAUGGGUAUAGGAAGACGAUGAUCGGGGCUCUGACAGCCCUCACGGGGUUUAUCUUCAUCCCCUUCUUCGCGCAGAAUAUCCAGACGCUGCAGGUCGGUGAAGUCCUCAUGGGGAUCCCCUGGGGCGUGUUCCAAACCCUCACCACCGCCUAUGCGUCGGAAGUCUGCCCCGUCGCGCUGCGAGGCUAUCUCACGACCUACGUGAAUCUGUGUUGGGGGAUCGGCCAAUUGAUCGCUGCCGGAGUCUUGCGGAGUAUGCUGCAGCGGACGGACGAGUGGGCAUACCGGAUCCCCUUUGCCAUCCAGUGGAUAUGGCCGGUGCCACUGAUUGUUGGCAUCUUUUUCGCCCCAGAGUCUCCCUGGUGGUUGGUGAGGAAAGGUCGACGCGAGGAUGCGAAGAAAGCGCUGCUGCGACUCACGAGCUCCACGGCAGACGCUGAUUUCGACGUCGACCAGACGAUCGCCAUGAUGGUCCAUACCGACGAGUUGGAAAAGGAGUUGACGAGCGGGACAACCUACUGGGACUGCUUCAAGGGUCUCGAUCUCCGUCGCACAGAGAUCACCUGCGUGACCUGGGCGAUCCAGAACCUAUGCGGAGCGGCCUUCAUGGGCUAUUCGACCUACUUCUACGAACAGGCCGGUCUGGCGGCCCAGUAUGCGUUUGACAUGUCCAUGUCUCUGUACGCAGUGGCCAUGAUCGGCGUUUUCGUCUCGUGGUUCCUGAUGGCCCGAUUCGGACGUCGGACGCUGUACCUCGCCGGUCUGGUGAUGAUGUUCCUCUUGCUGCUGAUCAUCGGCUUCGUUGCUCUCUCCUCGUCAAAAAACGCCGGUUGGGCCAUUGGAUCGCUAUUGCUCGUCUACACGUUAUUCUACGACUUCACCGUCGGAACGGUGGCCUUCUCCAUCGUCGCCGAGAUACCAUCUAGUCGAUUGCGGACGAAAACCAUCGUCCUGGGUCGCAAUCUGUACAACGUGAUCGGGAUCAUCAACGGCGUCAUCACCCCGUACAUGCUCAAUCCGUCCGCAUGGAACUGGAAAGGGAAAGCCGGUUUCUUCUGGGCGGGGAUGUGCUUCUUGUGCCUGGUAUGGACCUACUUCCGCCUCCCGGAGCCGAAGGGUAGGACCUUUGAAGAGCUGGACAUUCUUUUCGAGCGGAGAAUCAGCGCGAGGAAAUUCAAGGAGACGGAGGUGGACAUUUUCGAAGCUGAGCGGCGGGAGAAAGAGGGUAGUUAG